UCAAAUUUUCUCAGACAUAUUUGGUUUCCCGCUUCUGAGUAAUUACGUUGGAAAAAUAACAUUUUUCGAGAGGCUCCCCUGGAUGAUGGAAACUAAUCCACGCAGUGAGUGUUCUGUAGGCAAUGUGGAAGCGCAUGGUUUACAAGCACACCUAUUCAAGGGCACGCGGCAAUCCAAUGCCUGCACAGGACCCGCGUCUUGAAGUUGUUUUACCUCUUUUGGGCGAGCGGUGCCAAAUUCUUUGUGCAGAUUAUCGUACACCGCGUCGGUCUGCUGAUGAAAAGCAGAAAGUGGUGCGCGAGUUUGAGUCGUUCUCACGGACUCCGAGUGCUGGUCUACUCAAAUACAUAGUGAUUGCAUUGGUGUAUCAUCACUAUGGUUGGUCACGUCCAAGCAGAGGCAUUGAAUAUGAUAGGCAUUUCAACACUCCUUCCAUGAUACAAGAGAUAGAGGCACUCCAAGCAAAACUUAGCGCAACAGAGGAUGAAGACGAGCAGCGGGCCCUGGAGGAGGAUGUCACAGGAAAGAUCUUGUGGCUCUGUUGGUGUGGGAUCUGCACGGAGGUGGACGAGCCAUUACCAAAGGCAAUCCACCCUGUUGCAGAGCUUCUCGAGGAGCCUGCGUUUUUGCUAUUUUCCUUAGCUCAGAGAUAUCGCAUUUCCGCUCAUGCAACACGCCACUCCAUCUAACACUUUCCCACACCUCAUCGCGGUCGUUCACCUUUACUUCGAGGUUCGAUCCCAGUGCUUUUGACGUGCAAGAUAUGUAGUAUAUGCGCGACCACCUUGUUCUUGAAUUUGAGCAACUCCUCAUUAACCCCUCAUUGUCUG